GGUGGCAAGAAGAGACGCCCCCGUGGAGGAGGAUGCUGACGUGGACUGCGGAUGUGGCAGGCAGUUGUGAUUACUGGCAGAUGCUGACGUGGCAGAGCAGCAUGAAGAUGAGGGGGUACAACUGGCAGUGGAUGCUGAUGUGGUGCUGAGAUGACAGGAAGAAGAAGGACGAAGAAGAGGAAAGGAGGCGGAAGGAGGAGGAGAAGAAACAAGAAGAGGAGAAGAAGAAGGAGGAGGAGAAGAAGAAAGAAGAGUUGGCUGCUGGGCGUCGGGCGGCAGUGGAGAAGAGGGAUGCAGCCUGGCAAGCCGAGGAAGCUGCAAGGAAGGCCAAAGAGGCCUUGAAAGCUGCAGAGGAGGAGGCAGCCAGACUGGCGAAGGAGGCAGCUGCGGAGGAAGUUGCAGCCUUAGAAGAAAAGAAAAGGGAGAGCAGUGGAGAAAAGGGAAAGGGGCCAGUAGAGCCUGCAGAGUCACAGGUAGUGGAGGGCAGCCCUCUACAGAUUCCUGCAGCUGAAUGGAUAAGGCUGCAGAACCUGACUGAGGAUCAGGCCGCUCAGCUACUAGCUGCUCGAGAGAGAGAGGCCAAGUUGGAGGCGAUAGUGGAGAAGAUCAGCAGGGUGGAAGCAGAGUGAGUUGGCUGAGAAGGAGAAGUUAGCAGCCAUAGAGCAGCAAAGGGAGAUGGAAGAACAACAGCAAGCCUUUGACAGCCUCUCUUCUUUGGAAGAAGGUAAAGCCUCUUUCAACCCCAAGG